UGAUAUUUUUCAUACAUUUAAAACUAUAGUGAGUUUUAGGUCCAUUUGUCACUCACUCGUCCGACAGUUCAAACGCUCGGACUUAUUUAUAUUUAAUCGUUUAAAGAACAACCAUGUGGAAAUUAACAAUGCUAUGUGUGGUAGGUAAAUUAAUUUUAAAAUAACAUUUGUUAAAACAAUUCUAAACUAAAGCUGCGUUAUUUAGUUUUGCGUAUGUGAUGUCGCGCUGGGAGACAAAGCUUACAUGUUUUCCAAACUUUCUAAUAAAAUCGUUAAGGCUAUGGAUAAAGAAGAUAUUCAAAUAGACAUUUUUCCAGAACUGCCGAGUAAAUUUUUGAAGGUAAUAAUAAUAUUGGACACCAAAAAAUAAAAACAAUUUGCGGUUUCCGAAUUUGGUCUCAAAUUCGUAAAAUCUCACUCUUGUUUUUGAGGUAAUUAAAAGUUAUUAGUAAAAAAAAAAUAGAUUUUAAUUUUUUUCUUUUAAAUAUGAAUUAAUUGUGUUGUUAAAGAGUUGUGCACAGUUCGGGACCAAUAUAUCAAGUUAAACCUAUUUUUUCGGGCCCCUAUUUGAUAAAUAUUUAUUAAAAAACUACACUUUUCAUUAUAAGUUUUUUUUAGUUUAAUUCACAGUUACAAAUUUACAACAUUUAAACUGUUAUAAGAACUUUUGAAAUGUCAUUGUUAUGUAUUCUGUGUUACAUAACUGCUGUAAAUAAAAAAAAAAAUACGGACGCAAUUCGCACAAUGAAUGAGCCACUGUUUUAGGUAAGAAGUUGGGAAGGUAGGAUAUAGAGGGGAAUCGGAUAUAUAUCUGUAUGCAACAAUUAAUCAUUACUAUCGAUUCUAAACGGAGUUCGGUUAUACAUAUUUAAAAGUCCAUAAUAUUUACGAUUUUCGUCAAAAUUUGAUAUUCAAAUUCUUAUUAAAAAAAAAAUCUAGAAAAGGCAAUUAUAAUUUUUUUUGUCCAGAUUAUAAGUCCAUCGAAUCGAUACAAAUAUUUUUAACUGAAUUACAACAAAUAACAAAAUUGAAAAAUAAUAAAAGCAUUAUUUUCGUAAUUUUUCUGUUUUUUUACGUUUUAUCCUGGUUUUUCCCAAAUAUUAUGUACAUUAUGAACCACUUGGAAAAUCAAAAACUUCCCAAAAGUACAAUCUGGACAAAAUUCCUUUUUAGAAAUGGUGCCACGUGUAUAUAUCUGAGCAAAAUUUCUGGUAAAAUUUGUAUACAAAGGAUAAAAAAAAAUAAACAUAUUAGUAAAACCAAUAUAUUUUUCGCUACACUCAGAAUCUAAAAUGUACGGACAUACUUUACACGAUUGGUGAGCCACUGUUUUAGGUGAGAAGUUGGGUACGUAGAGGGGAAAUUUAAUUUAUAUCUGUACGCAACGAUUAACCAUUUCUAACGAAAAAUAAUUCUGAGUGGAGUUCGGUUAAUAGUGUUGUUUUACCAACAAUAUAUAAUGUAAUAUAUUAUGAUAAAAUAAUUACAUAUGCAUUAUAUAUUUUCUUUAAUAAUAUUUGUUAAAUAUUAAACCUAUUUUUCCGCUUUUCCCAUGUGUAUUCCUGAUUUUUUUUUAUUGUGAAAAAGAUGAAAACAUCAUUUCAAAAAAGUGUUAUAUUUGAAAAUCGGAGUAAAAUCACAGGUAGAAAAAUUGUUCAUGGACAAAAAAAUAAAAUAAACAUCAUUUUAAAACCAAUACAUUCUUUUUGCGCUCAAAAUCUAAAACAAAGUUGAUAAUAAUUAAAUCAUUAUAGUGGUAUAUUUCCCGUUCUUUAUACGUUUUUUCGCGGUUUUGGUCAAUUAAUAAUAAAACUACUGGGAAAAUCAUAAAAUACUUCGUGAUCAACUAGAUCCAAGAUUCAAUAAAAAAGGUCACUUGGUAUUUUUUAAUUAAAACUAUUAUUUCUGGUAGAAAACAUAGUUUGUAAAAAUUAAAAACAAUGAUAUCCCGGGAACUGGGGGACGGCAUAUACCACUAAAUAAAAUAUUAUAGACCGAUUUGCAAAACAAAAAACAUAUUAUUACAUGAAAUCAAUUUUUAAAUUUAACAAACUAUUUUUUUUAUGAUGACUAUUUUUAAGGAUUGUAUUUGAUGUGAAAAAUAUUUCACCCCCCCCAGGAAUUUAUCAAGGAUUGCCACUGCACCAUAGUAAAUUCAAUAGGUACAUUCCUCGUUGUGCUUAGAAUCUAAAAAUCAAACAAUUAUUUCGAUCUUAAAUGCAAGUGAAAAAAAAAAAAAAACGAAAAUAAAUAUUAUGUAUUGUAACAGGUGUAUUAUAAUAGUGGUGCCCGAGUGAAUCUGGGCAAUGAACUGACACCCACACAGGUUAAAGAUACACCGAUGGUCUAUUGGGAAACCGACUUUUUUCAACAGAAGUAUUACACAUUGAUAUUUUCUGGUAAGCUAGAGGGAAUGUUUAUAAUUUUAGAUUCUGAGCAUAUUCUAUAAGAUAUCUUGCUUCGAUAAAAUAAUACAUCCAGUAAGAUUUUUUAUAGACAAUUUUGUUUAGUUGAUAUGUUGUGGAGGUAAUUUUUUCACUUGUGGUAAGUAUUCUAAAUAACUGGUAAAUCUCUCAAUAAUGGUUUCUGUUAUUUUCGAAUUUUUAAAUAACCGGUUCAGUUAAUAUCUUCGAAGCUGUGAUUUUCCACCUAAAUCGCAGUGGCCUGCUCAUGGUGUAAAAAAUGUCUGGCUAUUAUAAUUUAUGAUUAUUAUACGUAACGCAGAUCCCGAUAUUCCGAAUCGUGAAAACGCUACAGAUGGAGAAUUUCUCCAUUGGUUGGUCGUAAACAUAAGAGGUACCAUGGUGCCUGAAGCGGAUGAACUCUUCGAAUAUGUACCUCCUGCACCGAUACCGGGAUCAGGUAAUGAUAUUCAAGACAGAAAUAUUAAUCAUAAUAUAACAAACGGUAUACCCGAGUACGGAAAACUUACAAAUUGUAUAUUAUUUAGGACUUCAUCGAUGCGUAUUUAUGGUGUUCGAACAAGAGAAUGGCGAAUUUGAUUUAACCAAUGUGAAGGGCACAGACAAUAGGUAACGAUAUUAUGAUAGGAUAUUAUUAUAAUAAUCAGAGCCGGCCUUAAGGUGCAGCUUCCAUUCUAGGGGAAAUAAAUGAUUUAAAAUCUUUUUUAGCAAAUUUAUUGGAAUUAAGUUUCAUCAAAAUUAUUAGACUUACCAAAAUCACAUAAAAAAAGACGUCUUAGGAUAAUGGGGACGGGUGUAGCCACUAUUAUAGGUAAUUUAAUAUAUAUGGUAUAUUUGUUAACAAUGAUUAACCAUUGUUAACGAAAAACGAUUCUGAGCUAAGUUCAGUUGAUAGUGAUGCUUUGUCAAUAAUAUAUAUAUAUAUAUAUAUCAUAUUAUGGUAAAAUAAUUAAAAAGGCAUUAUAUAUUAUCUUUAAUAAUAUUUGUUUAAUGUACCGAUUUUCUCGUUUUUCCUCCGUUUUUUUUCUGUGCAUAACUUUCUACCAGAAAUUUUGGUCUAACUUUUAAUAAUAGUAGUGUUUCUACAAGGAAAUUUCACUAGCAAGGUAUUUUAAAGAGGUCAUUUUUUUAAUUUUUCUAAGAGUUUUCCCAGCAAGUAUGAAAAACCGGAAUAAAACAUGAAGAAAAUGGAGAAAAUGUAGGAAAACUGGGAAAAUCGUUACACCGUUAAACAAAUAUUAUUAAAGAAAAUAUAUAAAGCCUAUUUAUUUAUUUUACUACAAAAUGACAUAUAUAUUAUUGAGAAAGCAUCACUAUUAUCACAAAUUAUCUAUUACAGUGGCUGCACCCGUCCCCAUUAUUCUAGGACUUCUUUUUUUCUUCUUCAAUGUUAUACAUUUUAGAUGAUAAUAACAAAAUAAUAACGAUGGUCUGAUCUAAUUGAUUGCGAAUAGAGUAUAUACCUUAGAUCAUAUACUAUGGAUAGAGCAACUGCAUGAUAAACAUGUACUACGAGUUGAAGACAUAAUUUAAUUAAAUCUCAUUAAUGAGUGCUAAGUGUCUAUUGCGCAUGCGUAUCAGAACGUUACGUUUUUAUCGUAUAAUCAUUAUAUCAUCAUGCAAAGAUGGUAGGUACGAGAUGGUAGGUACAUCACACGUGAUUACGUGAAUACGACCAAUUGCGCGUAAUAUAAAUUUUGGGCAUGCGCAUUUGCCCCGCAUCCCCUUAAUUAUGUUUGCUUCAAAUAUUUAGUCAAUUGCACUAUCCAUAGUAUAUGAUCUGAGGUAUAGAAGGCCCACAGUUAGUAAACAUAGUUUAUCACUACUUUUCGUUAAAUUCGGUCUUUUCAAUUCGACCAAGGUUUAAACUCCGAUUAAAGUUUAAACAACUAUUGUGAAAUUUGUCCUAAGAGUCCUUUAAUUUUUUUAAAUCAUACAAUUAACAUUAUAAUUCUCUUUUUUUAUUAUAUUACGUUUUUACAGUAAAUUAUUAUAACUAUUGCAAAUUACUCAUAUAAUAAUCAAUAAUAUAAUGUAUCAUAACAAAUUUAUCGUAGAAAUAUUGUGUAUUAAAUUAUUCCUAUAUUCUACAGAAAGUUUAAUUUUCUUGUUUUAUACCUAUUUCACCAAUUCAUCUGUUACAUAGUAGUUUAAGUUUAAAGCUAUAUUUUUUUCAAUAGAUAUUAUUGCCAAUGAAGUUAGUCUUUCUUCAGUCAUCGAUGUCCUUAAAUAUGAAUUUUAUCAGUUUUAAUCUAGAAAAAGAUAGUUUAGCACUGGCUACAGUUAUUAGAAUAGUUAGUAAUAUUCUAUAUAAUAUAGUAGCAUUAGGAAAUUGAUUCUGAAGAUCUUUUAUAAAUUGCAAUAUUUUGAUUGACUUGAAUUUCUCCUAGCAUUAUUAUCCGAAUUCUCUAGAAUUAUAUUAUAGAAUACUAAGAGAAAUGAAAUAGCCAGAUCAAAUAGGUAUAAUCGUAUAAACAGGAUACAAAUAGCAUAUGUAUACUGUCCUUUAGUAAAAAUAUAAUUAUAGAUAGGUAGGUACUAUAUCGCAGCAUAGGCAAUAAAACGUUAUUUACUAGUUGUGAAAGUAAACAUUUGUAGGUAUAAUUAACUCUAGUACGAAACUAGGAGGAAAAUCCGAAUUGAGUACUAAUAAAUUAAUAUUCAUUCAACGUGUAGUUCUACAAUAUUUUGUAAAAUACCUAUUAUAUUAUAACGUAAUGUUUAAUUUCAUUAACGCCAAAAUUUCCAUACAAUUGCACCAGGCGCUGGGCAGAGGCCGGGACAGGUUUUAAUACUAAUAAUAUACAAGCCCCCGUAUUAAUGGGGGAGGGAGUCAAAUAAAUAGUAAUGCAAAAACACACAUCGUAAUAAAACUAAUAGAUCCCCCUCACUAUACUCCAAAUCAAAAGUGCAUUAUAAUUUUGAUGAAAAUAAAAUCCUAAUAGUAUUGAAUAAUAUUUUUUCUAAACAGAAAAUGCAAAACGAAUAUUUAUAAUAUUUCCAAUAAUUUUGGAUUUUUAGAAUUACAUGGUACAUAUUAUAUACCAUUCAUAAAAAAGAACUAUGUACAAAGUACAACAGAUUUCUAAGUAUUAUCUAAAUGUAGAUAUUUUUACAUGUAAUUAUAUGUUUUGUAUUAAUGUAUCAAAUUUUGAUAAAUAUUUAAAAAUUAAUUAAUCAAAAUAAUAUUGUUGUAAAAAUAUAUUAUAUUUUUAGAACUAUUGAAGGCCGAGAAUUAUUUUCAACCAAUAAUUUUGUAAUACAGAACGAUUUAAUAAUGUUACCGUUAGCUGGUAAUUUCUUUAUGGCCCAAUAUGAUGAUUAUGUUCCAUCGAUAUACGAACGAUUUGGAAUAGAAAUGCCAACUCACGGUUAUUGGCGUUUCUCGGCUAAUGGGAUGAGACUGAUUCCUGAUUAUUCAUAGCUUUACGAACAAGUUUUCUUAUUGUCUUGUAUAAUAAAAGCUGUUUUAUAUAAUCCUACAAGACUAAGAAGUUGUAUUAUUACAAAAUACUUAAGUACCUUUAUAAUAUACAACAAAAAUGAUUAUAUUAUUUCCAAAAACAUUUUUCUUUCUUUAUACUAACUUGACUUUUUAUUUAUAUAAUUUAUUUUAACCCACGAUCUACAAGUGUUAUUUAAU